AUGACUGUAAAGGCCAGCGAGUGUGCUAAAACAUUCUCUCCUCAGCCUGCCUGCGUUGACUUGGGGACAAUGUGGGCCCAUGCCCUGUGGACGUUCCUUCUACUCUGCAAAUUCAGCCUGGCAGUUCUACCAGCUAAGCCUGAGAACAUCUCCUGUGUCUUCUACUAUGAGGAGAAUUUUACUUGCACCUGGAGUCCAGAGAAAGAAGACAGUUACACAUGGUACAAAGUGAAGAGAACUUACUCUUAUGGAGAUAAAAGUGAUAUCUGUCCAAGUGAUAAUUCUACAAGAGGAAAUCAUGCUUCUUGCACCUUUUUUCCUCCAACGAUAACAAACCCAGAUAAUUACACCAUUCAAGUGGAAGCUCAAAAUGCAGAUGGUAUAAUUAAAUCUGAUAUAACACAUUGGAGCUUAGAUGCCAUAAUGAAAAUUGAACCACCUGAGAUUUUCAGCGUGAAACCAGUUUUGGGCGUCAAACGAAUGGUUCAAAUAAAAUGGAUAAGGCCUGUGUUGGCUCCUGUUUCGUCUGCUUUAAAAUACACACUUCGAUUCAGAACAGUUAAUAGUGCCUACUGCAAGGAAGUCAACUUCACCAAAGAAGAUACUGAUAGAGAUGAAACCUACAACCUCACAGGGCUGCAGGCUUUUACAGAGUAUGUUGUAGCUCUGCGAUGUGCCACUAAGGAGUCCAUGUUCUGGAGUGGUUGGAGCCAAGAAAAAAUGGGAACAACUGAGGAAGAAGCUCCAUAUGGCUUGGAUCUGUGGAGAGUCCUGAGACCUGCCACGGUAGAUGGAAGAAGGCUAGUGUGGUUGAUGUGGAAGAAAGCAAGUGGAGCCCCAGUCCUGGAGAAGGCACUUGGCUACAACAUAUGGUACUUUCCAGAAAACAGUACUAACCUCACAGAGACCUUGAACACCACUAAUGAGAAGCUUGAACUGUAUCUGGGAGGCAAGACCUAUAGGGUUUGUGUUGCUUCUUACAAUUCUCUUGGGAAAUCUCCAGUGGCCACCCUGAGGAUUUCAGCUGCUGAUGAAAAGUUGUUUCACUGCAUUGAGGCCAUGCAGGCCUGCCUCACUGAGGACCAGCUGGUGGUGGAGUGGCGAAGCUCUGCUCCAGCGGUAGACACCUGGAUGGUUGAGUGGUUCCCAGAUUUGGACUCAGAGCCCUCCAAUUUUUCCUGGGAAUCUGUGUCUCAGGCCACGAACUGGACAAUUCAGCAAGAUGAAUUAAAACCUUUCUGGUGCUACAACAUCUCUGUAUACCCAGUGUUGGGAGAUCGAGUGGGUGAACCAUUUUCUAUCCAGGCUUAUGUCAGAGAAGGCAUUCCAUCAAGAGGUCCUGUGACGCAGGCAGACAACAUUGGUGUGAGGACAGUCACAGUCACGUGGGAAGAGAUUCCCAAGAAUCAGAGAAAUGGUUUCAUCACCAACUACACCAUAUUUUAUCAAGCUGAAGAUGGGAAGGAAUUCUCCAAGACAGUCAACUCCAACAUCCUACAGUAUGACCUGGAGUCCCUGACCCGGAAGACCUCUUAUAGUCUUCAAGUCAUGGCCAGUACCAGUGCUGGGGGGACCAACAGCAGCAAAAUAAACUUCAAGACAUUGUCAAUCAGUGUCCUUGAGAUUUUCUUGAUAACUUCUUUGGUUGGAGGUGGCCUUCUUAUUCUCAUCAUCUUGGCAGUGGCAUAUGGUCUCAAAAGACCCAACAAACUGAAGCACCUAUGUUGGCCCGAUGUCCCCAACCCUGCUGAAAGCAGUAUAGCUACAUGGUGUGGAGAUGAUUUCAAGGAUAAGCUAAAUUUGAAGGAAUCUGAGGACCCUGUGAACAUGGAAGAAGAAAGAGUUCUAAAACCAUGUUUUGCCCCCAGUGACCUUAUUGACAAGUUGGUGGUGAACUUUGGGAAUUUUCUGGAAGAGGUUUCCACAGAGGAACUUGGAAAGGGUCAGGAAAACAUUUUGAGAGAAGAAAAGAAUGACUUUUACCAGACCCUGGAGUCAGCAGAGAGAGCUUUUGCUCAAAAGCACAAACAUCUCCAGUCCAUGUUGGUGAAAGCCUGGACAUGCCUGCCCCUGGCUGCUGAGAAACGUGUGGGAGAAACGCAAAGGGAGUAAGUCCUCAAGAGCACAAAGCCAGCAGUCCGCAAGCCUCAGAUGGUUAGUCAAGGCAGACUAGGUGCACAUACCACUGAUUUUGUUUUUAGGAGCAGGAUUCUCUUUUCUGUCCAACUUCACUACCUCUGUGGAGUAAAGUACUCCAAGGCCUGGACUUUAAAAUGGAAAUCAAAAUGUGCCAAGCAGAACGGACGUGCAGAGUAUUCUGAAUGAUUAUAGUAAUGCACAAGACUGGAGCUGUGUACCGGAGAACCGUCUCUCUGUAGACUGCAUGUUGUUUCUUCCGCUUAUUGCUCAUAAAGCCACCUAGUAUGUAACGCGUGUGCAUGGCAUGAAAGCAGGGUUAUUAGGAGAAUAGUCUUUAAAAAUCCUUUACUAUAAAUGCAUUGGUAUUUCAAUCUUUCAGGUAA